AUGAUCCAUGGAUUCAAAGAUGGAACAAGUGCAAUUUCUGUGGUUAAAAUCAUUCGCGGCUAUCUUGUAGAUUUCGAAAUGCCAAGUGUCACAAUUGCGCGUCGAUUUCCGGAAUUCUAUAAACGUCGUGAGGAAAUUUCUGUGACGUGUGAUGGUGUCUUGUUCUACAUUGAUCGCAUUAUCGUACCUCCGACAUUACGUACUACUGUUCUCAAUGACUUACAUUCCGGUCAUCUCGGCAUUGGAAAGAUAAAAUCUCUUGCUCGUCUCACAUGCUGGUGGCCUGGAUUGAGUCAUGAUCUGAAGCGUGUUGCGAAAUCCUGUGCUGAAUAAGUGUACUUUACCACAACCAACAGUUCAGAAUUUACUGUUCGAGCACUCAGGAAAACGUUCAGUAGAGGAGGUGUCCCGCAUGCUCUCGUGACUGACAAUGGAAGUCAUUUUACUGCGAAGAAAGUUACUGAUUGGUUGAACUUCGUGAGUGGUCGGCAUGUUCUCACUCCACCCCGACAUCCGCAAUCCAAUGGCGCAGCCGAAAACUAUAUGCGCACGCUGAAGAGUGCCAUUGCUUCUUUGAAUCCCAGUACAUUCGACAAACUGGACAGAGGCGUUGAUAACUUUCUGAUGCAAUACCGUAACGCAGUACAUUCAUCUACGGGACACAGUCCAGCAAAGCUGUUUAAAAGUCGAGUACUUCGAACAAAUCUUCUACGCUUGGAGUCUGCGGAAGUUAUAUAUCAUCGUGGUAACGAUUUACGACCCUCCAGAGGCAUUGUACUGGACAAUAUGGGACAAAGAAGGAAUUAUAUCCCAGUACAAAUGUCGAAAACAGUACAGAAGAAUACAGAAGAUUACCCAACAAAGCCCGCCGUGAUUACAGAAGACCGGAGCUUCAUUCAAGAUGCGGCAGAUAAGGUGAUUGUUCAUGAACUACGAACUCUUUCGUUUCAUUGA